AUGGCAAAAACUUGUUUUCUUUAUGGCAUUAUUGCUGCUUUAUCACUUCACAUCAUCUUGUGUUGCUCAUCUUCUGCAGCAACACUCGACCUCAGCACAGAUCAACAAGCUCUUCUUGCUCUGAAACAACAUAUCACUCUCGACCCUCAAAAUUAUUUGGCUUCCAACUGGUCUACUAAUACCUCUGUAUGCAGCUGGAUUGGUGUCUUGUGUGGCGUCACCAAUCACAGAGUCGCAGCUCUGAAUCUUUCUUUCAUGGGUCUUACAGGCACCAUCCCUCCACACAUAGGGAAUCUGUCCUUCAUCUCUGUGCUAAGUCUCGCCAACAAUAGUUUCCAUGGCUCUCUGCCAACGGAGCUGGUUCAUCUUCGUCGAUUGAGACACAUGAACUUGGGAUUGAACAAUUUCAGUGAAGAGAUCCCAUAUUGGCUCGGCUUAUUACCAGAACUUGAAGAACUAUAUCUUUAUGCAAACAAUUUCUCAGGUACUAUCCCAACUUCCUUAUUCAACACUUCGACGCUAAAAAUAUUGUCGCUAAUGAAUAAUAGUCUACAAGGAAAUAUUCCUGAGGAGAUUGGCAAUUUAGCCAACCUGGAGAUACUCAACUUGUAUGGUAACCAGGAAAUUUCAGGUUCAGUGCCAGGGGCCAUUUUUAACAUCUGUUCCUUGAUAUCGAUAAAUUUGGGGUCGAAUAAGCUAUCUGGUAAUCUUCCAGAUGAUAUGUGUAAAAGUCUUCCAAAUCUUCAGAGAUUGAUCGUCAAUAAAAAUCAACUGGUUGGCCAGAUUCCUUCAAGUUUAGGGCAAUGUAAAGCACUGCUUCUUAUAGAUCUGGAUAACAACGAAUUCAGCGGAAACAUCCCCACAAGUCUUGGAAAUUUGACACUGCUUCAGAAGCUUGAUGUAUCUGUCACUAACUUGACAGGCGAAAUACCAGAGGAAAUAGGCUCUCUUGUUGCACUUCAGAAUCUUAAUUUGGGAAACAAUGGCCUCAAAGGAACGAUUCCAAUAAAUCUAUUUAAUUGUAGUUCAUUACAGAGCUUAUCUUUGGAUGAUAUUGGCUUAACAGGUACAAUGCCAUCUGAGAUUGGUGAACUCCGAAAUCUUGGGUACUUGAACCUCCAGUUUAAUAGCUUAACAGGGACUAUCCCAUCUACUCUAUUCAAUAUGACAACUCUAAGAGUGAUACACCUAUGGAGCAACCAGUUUAGUGGACAACUUCCAUCAGAAUUUGGCCAUGGUCUUCCGAAUCUGGAAGAAAUAUACCUAUGGAGCAACCAGCUUACUGGACAACUUCCUAGUUCCAUCUCUAAUUGUUCCAAGCUCACUGUUAUAGAUUUGGGCAUAAACUCCUUCUCUGGACCUAUCCCUGAUAGUCUUGGCAACUUAAUGAAUCUGGAAUGCCUUCACAUAAAUGAUAAUCUUUUUACCGAUGAAUCUUCAGUUCCGGAAUUGAGCUUUCUCUCUUCUUUGACAAGUUGCAAAGCAUUAAUAAGAGUAGUAUUAGCAGGCAAUCCACUCAACGGCACUCUUCCGAUUUCUAUCGGUAAUUUCUCUGCUCUACACUACUUUAGUGCACAAAGUUGUAACAUCAAAGGCAACAUACCAAGAGAAGUAGGCCAACUGAGCAACCUGAUAACCUUAGAACUGCAAAACAAUGAAUUGAUAGGAUCAGUUCCAGCUACACUAGGUAGAUUGCAGAAGCUCCAAGUUUUGCAUCUUCAAGGAAAUAAGUUGAAUGGUUCAUUGCCAAAUGAUAUUUGCCAAAUGAGUAGCUUGGGAGACUUAAUUUUGAGCCGAAACAACCUCUCUGGAACUCUGCCGGCUUGCCUGGGGGAUGUCAGUUCACUAAGAUAUCUGCAAUUAGAUUCCAACAAUUUUAUUUCAACAAUACCCUCUACUUUAUGGAACCUAAAAGAUAUCUUAAAAUUGAACUUGUCGUCAAAUUCACUUAGUGGCCACCUGCCACUAAGUAUUGGAAAUUUGAAGGUUGUAACACAAGUGGACUUAUCAAGUAAUCACUUAUCCGGUAGCAUCCCAGUUUCCAUUGGAGCCCUCCAAAACCUGAUGAACCUAUCAUUAAGACAAAACAAUUUCGGAGGCCCUAUUCCUGCGUCAUUUGGAAACUUGAUAAGCCUGGAAGCCUUGGAUUUGGCCAAUAACAACCUGUCUGGAACAAUUCCCAAGUCCCUAGAGGGACUAAAGUACCUCACAUUUCUAAAUCUGUCUUUCAACAAAUUACAAGGAGAAGUUCCCACAGCAGGAGCUUUUGUAAAAUUUUCAGCUCAGUCAUUUUUGGGAAAUGAUGUACUUUGUGGUUCUCCCCUGUUGCAAUUGACACCAUGUAAAAUUAGUGGUCAUGGAAGAUCAAAGGCUACCACCAAGAAAGUACUCAUAUAUAUUCUUCCUGCUAUGAUAUUGACAACAGUUGUUAUACUUGUCUCAUUAAGAUGUCCGAAGGCAACAGUUAAGUUGGAAACUGUGACUAAUCCAGAUCUCGCGAUUGCGGCGACAUGGAGAAGAAUUUCCUUCCAGGAACUUGAAAAGGCGACAGAUGGAUUCUGCAAUAGCAACUUACUUGGUACAGGGGGGUAUAGUACUGUGUAUAAAGGAAGACUUGGUGAUGGGAUGGAUGUUGCUAUAAAGGUUUUCAAUUUGCAACUAGAAGGAGCAUUCAAGAGUUUUGAUGCAGAAUGUGAGGUAAUGAGCAAUAUACGCCAUCGAAAUCUUGUCAAAAUUAUAAGUUGUUGCUCUAACCUUGACUUCAAAGCAUUGGUAUUGGAUUACAUGCCAAAUGGGAGCUUGGAGAAGUUGUUGUACUCCCAUAACUAUUGUUUGGAUAUUCGUCAAAGGCUAGACAUAAUGAUAGAUGUUGCAUCAGCAUUGGAAUAUCUCCAUGAUGGCUUCUCUAGACCUAUUGUUCAUUGUGAUUUGAAGCCUAGCAAUGUCCUGCUAGAUGCAAAUAUGGUUGCUCAUGUGGCUGAUUUUGGCAUCGCCAAGCUCUUAGGUGAAGGAGAUUCUAUGACACAAACAAGAACUUUGGCCACUAUUGGGUAUAUGGCACCUGAGUAUGGAUCGGAAGGCAUUGUUUCAACAAAAGGAGAUGUUUAUAGCUUUGGAAUACUGUUAAUGGAAACAUUUACGAGAAAGAAGCCCACUGAUGACAUGUUUGGUGGAAGAGUGAGCUUGAAGGAAUAUAUAAGGGAAGCAUCACCUGAUGCAGUAGUUAAAAUAGCAGAUGCUAAUUUGCUGACAGGGGAAGAAAAUUUUGCAGAUAAGAAAGACUGUAUAUCAUUCAUUUUGGGAUUGGCUGUGGAAUGCUGUGAAGUACCUGAUGAAAGAAUUGGCAAAACCCAAGUGCUGUCAACGCUCAUUAGCAUCAGAAAUCAAUUCCUAGCUGGUUUACCAAGGACUUGAUGUUUAAAUUUCUUCAAAAUUAGGGUUGCCCAAUAAUAAUUCCCAGAAUUUCAAAAAACCCAUAUUUAUGUUACCAGAAAUAUUUGUAUACUUCCAAAAAUAGUCCCACAAAAGAGAUUCUGUUAUUAUAAAAUAUUUUUGUUUGCUAUAAA